UAUUGGAAAAUAGCGCAAAACGCGGAUGGCACCAGUCGAUAUUGACACACGUACACAAAAUGGACGAUUUGGAGGUUCCGUCUCUUCGCUCUCUCAGCGAUUUCCUCCUAGAAUCGGCUCGGUUCUCUACGCCUGCUAUAAACGACCCUUCAAGAUGGGCCAACCGUGUUAUAGACAACCUUUUGUACUAUCAAACCAACUACUUUUUGACUGCAGUACUGGUAUUUCUGAUAGUUGGGACUAUGAACCCCAAAGCCAUGCUGAUGGGCCUCCUCACUAUGGUCGUCAUCUUUGCCAUCUUCGUCUACACCACCAGUAACCGGGUGGAGAUGCACAGAUUCAAGCGGAGCCAUCCCUUUGUCUGCUUCCUCCUGAUCCUGCUGUGCUGCUUCUUGUUGCUCAAGGUGUUUGGUGGGCUGCUGGUGUUCAUGUGGGGCAUCGCCCUCCCACUAGCAAUGAUCUUCAUCCACGCCUCGCUGAGGAUGCGCAACCUCAAGAACAAGAUGGGCAAGAAGCUGGAAUCGCUGGGGCUGAAGCGGACGCCCAUGGGUAUCCUCCUCUUCCAACUAGGGUUAGAGGAGCAAGCACGCUCCUGACUAGGCAAACUAAAGAAAGCACACCAAAGAAAGGAAAGCCCUAUCUGCAAAUUGCGGCAAAAUUUCCAAAAGGGUCUUGGCCGAUUAGUUUCUGGCUGUUUGAAAGUACUUUAAAGCAAUCCCGGUGCCAACCCGGAACUUCUUGUAGACUGUACACGUAGUUACCACUACUGUCUUACUGUUUGCCUACGUAGGGCCAAUGAUUUUUAUGCUUCAGCGGGAAAUAGACUAAUUGUGUUCCUUCCAAUUUAACAAAUAUUCAGUACAAACAUUCUGUAAUAUUUUUAGCUUAAUUGAACACAUUUCAUUUUCAAAUAAAUGUUUUGUAGCAAAAUUGCUGAAGUGAUUGUU